UUUCCGCCGGGCAUCAAGGAGAGACGCAUCGUCAUUGUGGUAACGCGAAGCGUUUAAUUUAGUGGAUUCACAAAAUAAGCAACAUGUCUUUGCCCCGUGUCUACUUGGACGUUAAUGCCGAUGGAUCAUCUCUUGGACGAAUCGUUGUUGAGUUGAGAACAGAUGUAACACCUAAGACCUGUGAAAAUUUCCGUGCCUUGUGCACCGGAGAGAAAGGUUUCGGUUACAAGGGCUCAACCUUCCACCGUGUCAUCCCCAACUUCAUGUUGCAAGGGGGUGACUUCACAAACCACAAUGGCACUGGUGGCAAGUCCAUCUAUGGCGAGAAGUUUGCUGAUGAGAACUUCGUCCUGAAGCACACUGGGCCUGGCGCUCUUUCCAUGGCAAAUGCCGGGCCUAACACUAAUGGCUCCCAGUUCUUUAUUACCACUGUUAAGACUUCCUGGUUGGAUGGCAGACAUGUUGUCUUCGGAAAUGUUGUUGAGGGCAUGGAUGUGGUUAAAAAAGUAGAAGCUCUGGGAUCUCAGUCGGGCAAACCCUCCAAGAAAGUUGUGAUCUCCGACUGUGGUCAGCUUUCCUAAAUUAAUUCUAUAUUAAAGAGUAAUAACAAUGUUUAAGUUUAACACUAUUUCCUCCUAAGCAAUACCUUCCCAGACAAGAAAUGUAAAGUUAACCAUGGGUCAUUCCAAUUUUGUUAAUAAAAUUAUGCAAUGUUUAGGUCACUUAUUAGGAAUAGCAUUUAUUUCUAUGCAUUAUUCUUAAUAAAUUAUAUUAAUUCAUAGAUAUAGACAUUCUAACAUUCUAGAUGUCUGUGGCUAGCUAUUAGGGAGUCUGCUAUCAGCUAAUUGCCAUUUUAUGUCACUCUCAUUGUAUGAAUAAUAACUUAAAUGAG